GAGAGUUGGUUAAACGUUUGAAAGGCCGGUCACUUGCUUUGUUCGCACUUUAAACGUCUUAUAUUCAGGGAUUUAAUUGAAAACUUGUCAAGAUACAGAACAACGUUUCUUUUACUUUGUGCCGCAAAAAAAUUAUAAUUCCGCCAAAAAGUCGUGUUUUCUUACGUUAACCGACACGAAUGCCGGUAGUUAGCAUACUGCUGCUAGCUAAAUGCUAACGACGGUACAACGUGAACCUACUGAGUGUAAAUGUAAACUUUUAAUACAAGAACAACGAUGAAGUGCCAUUACGAAGUCCUGGGAGUCAAACGGGACGCAGACGACGAAGAUUUGAAGAAAGCAUAUCGUAAAUUAGCCCUGAAAUGGCAUCCUGAUAAGAAUUUGGAUAAAGCCGAGGAAGCAGCCGAGCACUUCAAGCUGAUUCAGGCAGCCUAUGAUGUCCUGGGUGACCCACAGGAGAGAGCAUGGUAUGACAAUCACAGGGAGGCUCUGCUGAAGGGCGGCCUGAGCGGCGACUACGAGGAUGACAGCAUCGACCUGUUGCAGUUCUUCACCGUCACCUGUUACUCAGGCUAUAGUGAUGACGACAAGGGUUUCUAUGCAGUCUACAGGAAUCUUUUUGAGUCUAUCGUCAAGGAAGAGAUGGAGCACGGAAAAGUGGAAGCCGACGAUGAGGACGAGGAGUUUCCGUCCUUUGGGGAUUCUCAGAGUGACUACGAUACUGUGGUCCACGCCUUCUACGGCUACUGGCAGAGUUUCUGCACGCGCAAGAACUUUGCCUGGAAGGAGGAGUACGACACGCGGCAGGCAUCCAACCGUUGGGAGAAGCGUGCCAUGGAGAAGGAGAACAAGAAGACCCGGGACAAGGUGCGCAAGGAGCGCAACGAGCUGGUACGCCAGCUCGUGGCCUUCAUGCGCAAGCGCGACCGCCGCGUGCAGGCGCAUCGCAAGGAGGUGGAAGAGCGCAACGCAGAGAAGAGCAAGAGGGCGCAGGAGCUCAGGCGCAAGCAGAAGCUCAGUCAGGCCAAGAUGGCGGAGGAGUACAAGGAGCAAAGCUGGGCGGCCCUAUCGGAGCUGGAGAAGGAGCUGCAGCAAAUGGAGGCUCAGUACGGGGAGGAGUUUGGAGAUGCUUCCGAGAGUGAGGACGAAGAGCUGGAAACACAACAGAAGACUGUUGAGGAGCGAUUAGGUCCAGAUGAAGACCAGGUAGAUCCAGAAGAUAUCAACUUUGCUUAUUAUGAUGAUCUCUACUGCCCAGCCUGCGACAAGUCCUUCAAAUCGGACAAAGCGAUGAGCAAUCACGAGAAGUCCAGAAAGCAUAAAGAGAUGGUCGCGUUGCUACGGGAACAGCUUAAAGACGAUGACUCACUCGCUCUGACCCUGGACCACCAAGAGGUUGCCGAGCAGGAAAACAAACACAUAGCGGACCAAGAUGGAGAGGAGGAGGAGGAGGAGGAGGAGGAGGAGGAGGUGGAAGAUCGACCAAGACAAAAAUUGUCCAAAAAGCAGAAGAAAAAGAAGCGGCAGCAGAAAGCAGCCAAUAGCACUCCAAUGGAGGAACAUGAAGAAGUAGAGGUGACGUCAACCACAGAUGGUAAGCAUGUCCCUGAAGAUGUCCGUGAAGAGGUUCCUGGAGAUGUUCCAGAGGAGUUGUCGGGCCCUACGGAAGCCAGGAUGGAGGACCAUCUUCCUCCCGUUGAAUCCAAGAGUUCUGUGAAGACCAAAGCCAAAAAGCCAAGUGGAAAAGAUAAACCAAAGAACAGCAAUGCACAUUCGGGAGCGGAACAACUUCCUGAGAAAAUGGUAAAGCUGCGCUGCGUGGCGUGUAAUGACGAGUUCUCCACCAGGAACAAGCUCUUUGACCACCUCAAAUCCAGCGGCCACGCCUCCGUGCUCUCCUCCAAUCCCGCACAGGCAGCCUCAGCCAACCGGAGCAAGAAAGACAAACGAAAGAACAGAUGACAACACUUUUGGUGGACUCCAAUACAAGUGGACUGGCCCGGUCAGGCAAGGAAGCCUUCCCAGGACUGGUCAGGAAUGAGCUGAAUUAAUAAUGUGUUCAAAGUAGCUGUUCUUCUUGGACAUCAUCAUGCACAGCAUGCCUUGCAUUGCAGUUCACUUCCUUUUGUCAACUCAACUUGUCAAAAAAUAAAUACAAAUGACUUGUAAUAUAUUAA